AAACGGGGACGAUGACCAGCGUAGUGCACUCGCAGCUGCACCAGGCGCGCGCCAAUGGCGCCGGGCCCCCGCGUCUCAUCACGCGCCUCAUCAGCUGCCAGAGCUUCGAGGAGACCGUCAGCGAGUACAACCGCACCGCCAAUGUCUACGACAAGACAUUCACAAACGACACGUACCAUGCGCCGCGCCUGGCAGCGGAGGCGGUGCUGCGGAUGUGCCCGGCAGACGGCCCCGUCCCCAGAAGCAAACUGAGGGUGAUGGACAUCGCGGCGGGUACCGGCCUCGUUGCCCAGAGGCUCUAUGACGCAGGCAUUACGCACCUGGAUGGCCUGGAACCGUCCAGCGAAAUGAUCGCCCUGGCGAAAGCACGCGGCAUAUACCAACGUUUGAUCAUGGACACGAUUGGCGAUCACAAGAUUGAUGUCGAGGACGAUAUCUAUGACGUCGUUGUAGUGGCGGGUGGCUUCGUGCCCGGACACUGUCCAGUCUCAUCUCUGGACGAUAUGAUUCGCAUCUGCAAGCCAGGAGGGUACGUCGUCAACACGAUGCGGCUAGAGUUUCUGGUGAUGUCGGAUGAGUACCAACAGCUUGAGUCGUUCAUGAAGCGUCAGGAGGAGCUGGGCAGAUGGCGCCGGGUGGAACGCUGCGUCAUAGACAGGUACUUCGAGGAUGCCAAGCAGGGCGUCACCUUCAUAUACCAGAAGUUGUAAGAGUGUGUAGGAAGAGACGCCGUGCACGUUUCUGCUUGUGUUUACGCGGGGCAUUAUGUCUAGCUCUGGGGCGAACAUACGGCUGAGAGAUCCAGUGUGCCGAGGAAGGUGCUAAUCUUUAAUAGAAUGCCAAGGAUUCAAUGGUAGUUAGAUGGAUGACUUAAUGCCUUGGCAAUGAUAUUGUUUUGUGUAAGCACUGCACCGUGUGCUAUUUUAAUGAAGAGCAUAUGCAAUACACGAUGACAAAG